GCGGCGAGCGAGCGAGCGCGGAGAGUGAGGGCUCCCGGACCGCAGCGAAGCCGGGGAGCGCGCCAGGGUCGAUGCCAGCGGGGGUGUGAGCCCCAGCGGGUGCGAAGCGGGGUGCGCGCCGGCGGGGUGGAGCCCGCGCGUCCACACUGGCCAUGAGGGGCGCCGGCGCCUGGGCCCCGCUCUGCUUGCUGCUGGCCGCCGCUCGGCCAUCCCGGCUGCAGCCCCCGGAGAGACCUGUUUUCACAUGUGGUGGCAUUCUUACUGGAGAGUCUGGAUUUAUUGGCAGUGAAGGUUUUCCUGGAGUGUACCCUCCAAAUAGCAAAUGUACUUGGAAAAUCACAGUUCCAGAGGGAAAAGUCGUCGUCCUUAAUUUCCGAUUCAUAGACCUCGAGAGUGACAACCUGUGCCGCUAUGACUUCGUGGACGUGUACAAUGGCCAUGCCAAUGGCCAGCGCAUUGGGCGCUUCUGCGGCACCUUCCGGCCUGGAGCCCUGGUAUCCAGCGGCAACAAGAUGAUGGUGCAGAUGAUCUCCGAUGCCAACACCGCUGGCAAUGGCUUCAUGGCCAUGUUCUCUGCUGCUGAACCAAAUGAAAGAGGAGACCAAUACUGUGGAGGACGGCUUGAAAGACCUUCUGGCUCUUUUAAAACCCCUAACUGGCCAGACCGGGAUUACCCUGCAGGAGUCACCUGUGUGUGGCACAUCAUAGCCCCAAAGAACCAGCUUAUAGAAUUAAAGUUUGAAAAGUUUGAUGUGGAGCGAGAUAACUACUGCCGAUAUGAUUAUGUGGCUGUGUUUAAUGGUGGAGAAGUCAAUGAUGCCAAAAGGAUUGGAAAGUAUUGUGGCGACAGUCCCCCUGCACCAAUUGUAUCUGAGAAAAAUGAACUUCUUAUUCAGUUUUUAUCAGACUUAAGUUUAACUGCAGAUGGAUUUAUUGGUCACUACAAAUUCAGGCCCAAAAAAUUACCCACAACGACAGCAGUACCUGUUACCACCACGUUCCCUGUAACUGUAGGUUUAAAACCCACUGUGGCCCUGUGUCAACAGAAGUGUAAACGGACGGGGACUCUGGAGAGCAAUUAUUGUUCAAGCAACUUUGUAUUAGCUGGCACUGUCAUCACCACCGUCACUCGAGGUGGGAGUUUGCAUGCCACAGUCUCAAUCAUCAACAUCUACAAAGAGGGAAAUCUGGCAAUCCAGCAGGCCGGCAAGAACAUGAGCGCCAAGGUCAUCGUGGUCUGCAAGCAGUGCCCGCUGCUCAGAAGAGGUCUAAAUUACAUUAUUAUGGGCCAAGUGGGUGAAGACGGGCGAGGCAAAAUCAUGCCAAACAGCUUUAUCAUGAUGUUCAAGACCAAGAAUCAGAAGCUUCUGAAUGUCUUAAAAAACAAGCAGUGUUAACAGUGAACUGCAUCUACUUAAACUGCACUCUGUUGUUGCCUUUGAAAGAUUUGUUUUCCCUAAGUAGCAAACACACACACACACAGCCAGACAUUUAUUUGAGCAUUCUGAAAGAUUGGACUGACUCUUCACAUGAUGUAGGUAUGAGGCCUCUGAAGCUGCUGCUGGGAGUUCAGAGCGUGCACCAGGAAGCAGAGAUCUGAGAACCUGCCAACUUGGCGCGGUGACAGGAAGCUACAGGCAUCAAGCAUUGACAGCUUGGAGCAGUUUGUUUAUGCAUCUCUGUAAAAGGAUAUUUGAGAAUUGAGUUGUGUGAGGAUACAAAAGAGAUUUUAUAAGUGCAAUAUUUAUAGUGAUAUUUCUUUUAUCUUCAAGCAUUUGCUGAAGUGUUACAUUCUUCUCUUGCAUUUUUUAAAUCAAAGCUUAAUAAAACAUGUAAAAAUGA